AUGGCGAGAAACCGUAAAGACAGAGACAGCUGGGGGUCCUUCACAGACAAAGCCACCUACGACUGGAGCUCGGAGGAGGAGGAGCCUGAUGGAAGUGCGCGGCCCAUCCAGGUGCUGGUUGUCAAGGACGACCACACCUUCGAGCUGGACGAGGCGGCGCUGAGCCGGAUCCUAUUGGCCGAAGAGGUCCAGAACAGGGAAGUAGUGGCCAUAUCUGUGGCUGGGGCGUUCCGCAAGGGCAAGUCAUUCCUCAUGGACUUCAUGCUGCGUUACAUGUACAGCCAGGUGAGUUCAAAGGUCAUGCUUGUGUAA